AUGGGUGUGUGUUUAAGUGAUAGAAAUCGUCGAGUGGAUGAACCCGAGGUGAUUCGUGGACGUUCAGAGGCAGCUGUGGCAGCCACAACAAAAUUAGAAGAGGCUGCAGCAUCGAGUUCCGAGGAUGAAGAAGAAGCCGAGAGACGCAGGGCCAGAGCUCGGGCUAGACGCUUGCAGUACGAACAGCAGGAAGCACCGGUUGAGGAGGAUGAAGCAGAUGAGGAUGAUCAGGAGGAAUUCGAACGUCGUCGGCAACGUCUCCGAGAACGUGCACUGAAACGUGAAGAAGAGGAGGUGCUGAGCAAAGAGGUCGGUGUUGAAGAGGAGGAAGAGGAGACCGAAGAGGAAACCACCGACGAGGAAUCGGACCAUAGCGAAGACGAUAUG